AUGACGGGAAAGAGAUGGGUGGUAGUAAGUCUUGUCUUGUUUAGAGUAGCAGGAAUGUGGUGUAAGGGAAGUGAAAGGUUGGCAACGGCGCGGCCAAGCAGUAGCCAAGCAAGACUUGUCGUCAAAGAUCGGCGGGUGGAGCAGACGUCAUUGGCCGAAGCGUCUGCGUCGGCCGGACCCCGGGUGUGGACGUUGCUGCCAGUGGGUCCGUCCAGUGUCCCACCUUCCUUCUUUUUUGCCCUGGUCGUCCGCCGUCGCCCUCAACCUUUCGGGCAGUGGAGACUUCACCUUUCACCACUACUAUGUGCAACUUGGCGUCCCUGGUCUGUGCCGGGGCGCGGACACCAUGCCGUCAAGGCAAAAGGCACGGAUCCCAAACAAGAGUGUGGAAGGCUAGCCGCCAAAUCUGAAGCCAUUCGGCAACUUUUUUGGAACUGCUACCUCCCGGGUCCCCGCCGUCUUUGA